UGCCUCUACGGAUCUACCACAUCAUUCAGAAAACAAAGAACAAAAACAUAGAGAGAUAGAGAUAUUCACUUGUCCAAAAAAUGGCGUCUCUCAAAGUUCCCGCCAAUGUUCCUCUUCCAGAAGAAGACGCAGAGCAGCUCCAGAAGGCCUUUAAGGGAUGGGGAACCAACGAAGGGAUGAUCAUAUCAAUCUUGGCUCACAGAAAUGCCGAGCAACGCAGCUUCAUCCGUGCUGUUUAUGCAGCUAACUACAAUAAGGAUCUUCUCAAGGAAUUAGACAAAGAGCUAUCUGGUAACUUCGAGCGAGCUGUGAUGUUGUGGACACUUGAACCAGCGGAAAGAGAUGCGUAUUUGGCCAAGGAAUCGACAAAAAUGUUCACUAAAGACAAUUGGGUUCUGGUUGAAAUCGCUUGUACUAGAUCUUCACUUGAGUUUUUCAGGGCCAAGCAAGCAUACCAAGUUCGCUACAAGACAUCUAUUGAGGAAGAUGUGGCAUAUCAUACAUCUGGAGAUGUUCGAAAGCUCUUGGUUCCUCUUGUGAGCACAUUUAGGUACGAUGGAGAUGAAGUAAACAUGAUGAUUGCAAAGUCUGAGGCUAAGAUACUUCACGAGAAGAUGGAGGCAAAGGAUUACAAUGAUGGAGAUCUCAUCAGAAUCUUGACAACAAGAAGCAAAGCUCAAAUCGGUGCAACACUCACUCACUUCAAAAACAAGUUCGGAACUUCCAUUACAAAAUACCUAAAAGAAGAUUCCGACAACGAAUAUGUUCAGCUACUUAAAGCCGUGAUCAAAUGCUUGACUUAUCCAGAGAAGUACUUUGAGAAAGUUCUACGUCAAGCCAUCAAUAAAUUGGGAACUGACGAGUGGGGACUUACUAGAGUGGUCACCACACGAGCUGAGUUCGACAUGGAACGGAUCAAAGAGGAAUACUUACGCAGGAACAGUGUCCCACUUGACCGAGCCAUUGCCAAAGACACUCAUGGAGACUAUGAGGAUAUUCUUCUAGCUCUUAUCGGACAUGGCCAUGCUUGAAGUUAAAACAAUAUUUGCGAGCAAAAUAUUAUUAUUAUUGUGUUUAAUAAAACAGUUGUGAACUUGUGAUUGGUCUUGCAUACAACCUGGUAAUGUUGAAUGAUUUAUGAGUGUUUUCAGUUUCUUUUGUUUGAUUUCAGCAGUUAAUGUCACUCUUUCAUCUUUCUCAGAACUGAAUAAACCAAAGAAUUUUUUUUUUU